GAAUGGUAUGGUAGCAACAAGCAUGGGUCUUCAUACGGAGGCGUAACUGGUUUUCCAGUUGUGGGGUUUCGCCGCCGCCCAUGGACGGCUUUCUCUUCGGAUAUAUCAGAGGUCCAAUGAAAUGGGAGGUCCAACAAACGACAACUUUCUUCGCAGAUAGCGAGGAUUUCCUCCAGAUCUUGUUCACACAAAGAUACGUCGUUAAUUAUUUGUUUUGUUGUUUCUUUGUUUUUUCAUAUCUGGCCUCUCUAUUUGUGGAAAUUUACAAUUUUCUCUACCAAAGAUUAAAAUUUCAUUUCGAUUUACAGUGUCAGUUAGCUUGGAAAUUGAAAUAGUUUGGAAUUUUUUUUUUGAAAAUGUUUGGAUGUGGAAAAAUUUUUCAGAACCGAGUUAAAUAUAUAGUUUCAGUUAGAAGGGGUUAAUUGUAUUAGAAGUCUCCAAGGAAUGAAGUUUAUCUAUUCGACAUGGUCCGUGAAGCAAGCAACAUUCAAAUUGCUGAAUAUGGACAAAAAAAUAAUUUAGAUAACUUUUGACCAAAUUUUUACCAAAAUUUUGGUUAAAGAGCUACCUAAAUUACACAGUUUUGAUCAUGAUUGUGGUCAAGAACUAUCCAUAUUGGUCAAAGAGCUACCUAAAUUACACAAUUUUGAUCAUAAUUUUGGUUAAGAACUCUAUAUUGCACAUUUUUGGUCAAGAGUUAUUCAAAUUGUGGUCAACAGCUACCCAAAUUAUUUGUUGCUCAUAUUUCAAAAUCAUGUGAUAAGUUUAUGGUAAAAAAUCGUUAACAAUUUGUAUGUUGUUUGCAUGAAGGACUACAUAGAAACAUAUUCAAUAUUUUAGGGACUUAAAUGAUGCAAUUAAAAUACUGGGGAUCAAAAUCUGACAAACUCUAUACUUUGGGGACCUCUGGUGCAAUUAACCCGCUUGGAAAUAAGAAUAGUUUAAAAUGUUUUGAGAAAGAGUAAUGCUAUUAGACCUAAAUUGCAAACAUGAUUUGAUGAACUUAUUAAUCACCGACAGUGAUUUAAUUGUGUGUCUAAGUAUUUGUUGGAAUUCACCACCAAUUCAAUGGUUGUGAUUGAUUACGUCAACAAAUUAGUUCAACAUUUUAGGUACGAAUAAUAUUUUCCUUUUAGAAAAUAUUUGUAUAUGAGAAAAAUGUAGAAUUUUAAUUCUAAAACAUUAGUCAAAACAUUUCCGAAUCAUCCGAACUAUGGGAAUUUCGAUCCUUGCCUUAUUCAACUUUUGUUGGCUGCUAAUCUUACCACUCAAAAUUACUGAAUUACAGUUGCAUUAAGCAUCUUCAUUGCCUUACUGUUGAAAUGCUAUGGACUACUCAUCACAUGCUACCAUUAUAUUUGCUUUGCUAUAGCAUAACCAUGGAGAUGUGCAUACAUUUCAAACAUCAUUACAUCACUCGAACCAAGUUAAAGUCGGAAACUCUGUUUCAUAGCUUUAUUUACUCGUGAUGAUUUUUGAACCCCUGAUGUUAUUGCAUGUUUUGGAAGUUGAUAACUACCCAAUACUUGUCCUCAUGACAGGGGAAGGUGAGUGGGGAUUGCAUAACUAGCUCUGAUGCAACUAAUUGGGCUGAGUAAAUAUGUAUCUUACAUAUCUUAACUAGAUAAAACUAUAUAGUGUUGCGCGUUUCAAUCAAUAACAGUGUUUUGAAAAAUAAAUGAGGCCAAACAUAACAAUUUGAUUACAUACUCAUGAGUUUGCUCAUGUUGCAGUUUAGAUUAACUAGAUAUUUACAUGCCCCAGAUGUUAAUUUUUAUUAAGUGGUGUGAGGGAAAAUGUGUGCUCUAACGUAUAAACAAGCCUACAAUGGAAUGAAAUUAUGGAAACCAUUAUUGUCAUUUGAUAUGGCCAUGUUGAAGUCAAAACAAUCACUGCAGAGGAUGUGCAAAGUAAACAAUGUUAAAUUGUCAUAUUGACCCCCUGAACAGCAUCAUGGAUGGGGUGCAUUUGAGAAGAAUCUUAAUAGUAUCAUGGAAUAACUGAAACAUAAAGGUGCAAUGGAGAAAUAAAAGAAAUUGGUUUGGGGGAUACAUGAAAUCACAAAAAUACAGGGCAGCCAGGCAAAAUAUUUUUACAUUUAGUCAAACUAGGAUAUUACAACUGCUAAGUUGCAUAUUCUCUACUUCCCUAGUUAUCAGUGCAGUAGCUAUGCAAGCCUUGCAGAAAUCCAUCGAAGUGAAUCCCUUUAUUCAGUAGUCUCAAUCUUUUUUCCUAAUUUUCUCUCCAGUGAGCAUGAAAAUGGCAGACUUAGUCCUACCCCUACUUUUACAGGUACUUGUCGAGAAGUUAGCUUCCCCCUUCCUGGAGAAGUUUCACGAUCUCUUCCACCUGAGGGAGAAUAUCAAACAACUACAGGCCUCAUUACCUAUGGUUCAAGGUUUUCUUGAAGAUGCACAAAAUCGACGAGCAACAGAACAAGAAGUUGAAGAUUGGAUGCUGAAGCUUAAAGACAUAGCUUUUGAGUCUGAGGAUUUACUGGAUGAGAUUGCAGUGGAAAUCAUACUAUGUGAGCGUCGCGGCAGCAGCAUCAGCAAACAGGUACGGAGCCUGUUUCUGCCUUAUGAACCAUCAAAGCAACUUUUUGACCUUAUAUGUAAGCUUCAGAAUAAGCUUAAAGAGUUAGAUGAGAUUGCCAAAAAGGGAACGAAAUUAAAUUUUAGAGAAGGGGGUGUAGUCAGGCAGUCCGAGAGUUUAGGUAGAAAAAGGGGAACCGGCUCGUUUGUGAUAAAAUCAGAAAUUUAUGGAAGAGAGGAGGACAAAAAGAAUCUUUUGGAGCUUUUGUUACCUACCUGCAGAGGCAAAACCAUGGGGAAUAUUUUGGUUAUUCCAAUAGUUGGUAUUGGGGGCCUUGGGAAGACAGCUCUAGCUCGACUAGUAUACAAUGAUGAGAAGGUUGCCCAUUAUUUUGGCUUAAAAAUAUGGGUCUAUGUGUCUGAGAAUUUUGAUGUAAGAAAGAUCAUUAGGACUGUUAUAGAGUCUGCAACGGGAACAAAGUGUGAACUUUUGGAGAUGGAUCUACUUCAACUGCAACUUCAGAAAUCAUUAAGUGGGAAGAGAUUUUUGCUUGUUUUGGAUGAUGUGUGGAAUGAAGAUCAAGAAGAGUGGGAAGAACUGGGAGAUUUAUUGAGGCAUGGUGUGGAAGGAAGCAGAGUAAUGGUCACUACGCGUAGUACCAAAGUUGCAUCAAUUACAGGCACCACUUCAUUGUACCAUCUCCAGGGUCUGUGUGACGAUGAUUGCUGGGCUCUGUUCAAGAAACAAGCUUUUUCUCAUGGAGAAGAGGGGCAUCCUCAUCUGAUGGCCAUAGGCAAAAGAAUCAUCAAGAAGUGCGGAGGUGUGCCAUUGGCAGCAAAAACUUUGGGAAGUCUAUUGCGCUUCAAAAGAGAGCAAAAGGAUUGGUUGUUUGUGGAAGAGAGUGAGCUUUGGAACCACAAGGAAUGCCAAAGUCACAUUUUGCCAGCUCUAAGGUUGAGCUACGUUCAUUUGCCCCUAUAUCUCAAGCAAUGCUUUGUAUUUUGUGCAUUAUUUCCCAAAUAUUAUGAAAUCAAGAAGGAGAAGUUGAUCCAUAUGUGGAUGGCUGGUGGCUUGAUUCUACCACAAGGAGGGAACAGAUUACUGGAGGACAUAGGCGAUGAGUAUUUCAAUGAUUUGUUGUGCUUUUGUUUCUUUCAAGAAGUUGAAAGAUGUGCAGAUGGCAACAUAUUGUACAAAAUGCAUGAUCUCAUUCACGAUCUUGCGCGAUUCAUUGGAGGACAUGAUUUCGCAAUACUAGAGCAUGGUGUAGCCCGAGGUAAUCUUGCUCAAACACGCCACUCAUCAGUUGUUUGCAAUUUCGAUUUAUCUUCUUUCCCAAAGGACUUGUUCAAAGCAAAAUGUCUACGGACACUCCUCCUCUUGUCUCCUGGGGGGAAUACUGACGAGCUUCCUUCUAUUCUGCCUAUGAGUUUUAUCUACUUAAGGAUCCUGGAUUUAAGUGGAUGUGGCAUUAAAAGAUUGCAUGAAUCAAUUAGUGCUUUGAUAUGUUUGAGAUACCUUGACCUCUCAAGCACUUCAAUCCAAACUCUUCCCCAUACCAUCUGCAAUCUCUGUAAUUUGCAGACACUGAACCUAUCAGGAUGCUAUAACCUUGUGGAGCUGCCAUUUAGCUUGGCUAGUUUAAUUAGCUUGAGACACCUCAAUGUAUUUGGGUGUGAAGGAUUGAUCCACAUGCCUGCUGGAAUAGGAAAUUUGGUUCACCUUCAAACUUUGCCAACAUAUAUUGUGGGGAAGGAGAUUGGGCAAGGCAUUGGAGAACUUAAAUCUCUGAAUUUAAGGGGUGAGCUUAACCUAAAAUGCUUGGAGAAUGUAAGAGAUGCAAAAGCAGCAGCAAAGGCUAAUAUGAAGGGGAAGAAACAUCUUCAUUCAUUAAGGUUCCAAUGGGGAAAUAGCGGUGGUCUCAACUUCAAACCUGCAAAAGGGACCGCUUCACGCGAGGUAACAUAUAGGAGAAAUCUUGGUUCAUCAGGAUCAUCACAUGAGAAAGAUAGCGAUGCUGUGGAAGAUAUACUGGAAUGCCUUGAACCACAUCCAAAUCUUACAAAGCUCUUCAUCAAAGGAUAUUCAGGAAUCAAGUUCCCAGAUUGGGUUCUUCCAAAUCUGGUAGUGGUUGUCUUGAUCAACUGCAGAAGAUGUAAGAAUUUGCCUACCCUUGGGCAGCUUCCAUUCCUUAAGAGUCUCUGUCUGCAAGGAAUGGAUAGUGUUUUGUGCAUUGCUGAAGAUUUUUACUCUGGUGACACUGAAAAGCCAUUCCCAUCUCUCAAAGACUUGACACUCGAGGAUUUCCCGAGCUUGGAAGAAUGGUCCAGCAUUGAUGACAGAGAGGCAUUCACUUGCCUGCAAAAGUUAACAGUGGACAAAUGUCCAAAUCUGACAACUACACCAAAAUUUCCAGUUCUUCAACAUUUGGAGCUGCGGGAUUGCCACCCGAAGAUUAUGAAUUCCAUGGAAUGUGUAACCUCACUUUCCACUCUUGUGAUCCACACAUUUCCAGAGUUACUGCAUUUGUCUAGGGAAUUGCUGAAAAACAAUAAAAGUCUUACAUCUUUGGAGAUUCGCUCAUGCCCUAAUCUUCGUUCAUUGCCCUCCGAGCUAGAGAACCUCACUGCUCUGAAGUUUUUGAUCAUUAGCUGCUGUGAGGAGCUAACCAAAUUUCCUCUUGGAUUGCAAAAACUUAAAGCUUUGGAGGUUUUGGAGAUUAGUGGCUGCCACAAGAUGGUCCUAUUGCCAGAGGAGGGGAUUGGAGAAGGACUACAACGACUCAGUACUCUUCAGCAUCUAUCAAUUCAAGAUUGUCCUCAUCUCGAAAGACUCUGCAAGAAGAAAAGAGGUAAGCAGUGGGAGAGGAUAUCUCACAUCCCACAUAUCUACAUCGGCUCACUCAAAUUAGGUAAAGAGCUCAGCAGCUCUACAUGUUGAAUUUGAAAGAUUCCUCAUUCAUUUUUUUCGGAAUAGCAACCUUUACUUAUUAUCUAGAUCUCAUAAUAAACAGUUGUGGUACUAAUUUAUGCAAACUUCCUUGACUAUGUGUGCGCUCUGAACUUUGUUAUAUUUAGUUACUUUUAACUAAUUGUUCAAUGAAAGAACUGCGCAAAAGAUCAUGAAAAGAUAAGCUG